CAAAAAGACUUUAAAUAAUAAUAAAUCAUUAAUUAAUAAUUUGAUUAUUCAUAAGAUUCAAAGUGUAAAGUUUAUUUUUGCAUAAAAAAAGAUUGAUCGGGAAAACACCAAUGAUAAGCACAAAGCAGUUGUCAUUGUCAUUGUCACUUUAAAGUUCGUUCAUCUAGACUUAUGGCAGGCAACAAGUUUUUCAAGUUAGUUUUAUGUUUAACAACUGCAUUUGGGCCGGCUUGGGCUUCGGCAAUCAACUAUGAUGUUGUUGAAUCUUCACCGGUUUGGGGAUACGAAUGCAAUGAUAAUAAAAACUGCAUUAAGGUUCCAUUCAAAAAUGAAUACAUUAGUCAGAGCUUUGUGGUGUGCAGAAUGUUGUGUGGGGAUGAGGACAUUGGAACUCUUUGGCCUAAGCCAAGUGGUCCUGUUGAAAUGGGAGAAGUUGUCGUUUCAAUUGAUCGCACCAAGAUCAGAUUUCAAUUAAUACCGAAAUUUGUAAAAAAUUAUCUCUGGGACAUGGCCAAGGAAAGAUUCGCCAAACAGAUUGAAGCUAAAAUUCCAGACUCCAGUUUAGUGAGGAAUGAUGGGAAAUCUUUAAUGAUCAGAAUCAACUUGGAAGAGAUCGGUGAAGAUAUUUACAAACUCUCUUAUGAAACAGAUGAGAGUUAUGUGCUGAAGAUCACAGAGGCUAAAGAUCAGGUUUUGGUCGAGAUCGAAGCACGGACGUACUUUGGAGCUAGACAUGGUUUGGAGACAUUGGCCCAACUGAUCGUGUAUGACGAUAUUGGAAGAUGUAUGGAAAUUCUGGUAGAUACGGAAAUACACGAUGCACCGGUAUACAAGCAUCGGGGACUUCUCCUUGAUACCGCCAGGCAUUAUUUCAGUUUGAAAUCAAUCAAGCGGACUCUUGAUGGAAUGGCUAUGAGUAAACUGAAUGUCUUCCAUUGGCACAUAGUAGAUUCGAAUAGUUUCCCGCUGGUAGUUAGGUCACACCCAGAUCUUCACAAAUAUGGAGCAUAUUCAACUCAGAAAAUCUACACCCCUCAGAAUAUCAGAGAAGUGGUUGAAUAUGCAUUGAUCCGGGGGAUCCGCGUGAUUCCAGAACUUGGUGGACCAGCCCACAUCGGCGAAGGUUGGCAGAAGCAAAAUGUGACAGUGUGUUUCAAUGCCCAGCCGUGGACAAAAUUUUGCACUCAACCACCUUGUGGUCAAUUGGAUCCAACUAUUGAUAGAGUAUACGAUUUGUUGGAGGACAUUUACGCGGAAAUGUUCAAGUCUUUCAAUCCCAACAUCUUCCAUAUGGGAGGAGAUUCGGUAUCAUUAAACUGUUGGAAUUCCUCACAAUCAAUUCAGAAUUGGAUGCGCUCCAGAGGAAUGUCCUUGGAGGUAAAGGAUUUUGUCAAGUUGUGGACACAUUUUCAAACCAAUGCUUUAGCAAGACUUGAUAAAGCAUCACAGGAGAGUAAAAUUCCAAUUAUUUUGUGGGCCAGUAAAUUGACAACCCCACCGUAUAUUGACGAAGAUCUUGACAAGUCACGUUACAUAAUCCAGACUGUAGCCAAUACUCCGGAGGAGUUUAUACAAGAAGCCCUUAAACGUGGCUUCCGAUUUAUUUCGACAAAUUUUGAUUUAUUCAUCAAUUCCGAAACAGCUAAUUGGAAUACGGGCAAUGACGGUGAUGUCAACCUUGAUGGGUGGCGAAAGUUUUACGAAAACAAGCCUGAUCGUAUAUCUGGUGGCCCGAAUAAACUUAUUUUGGGCUCAGAAGCAGCUGUGUGGUCAGAACAAAUUGACGAAUUCACAUUAGAUUCUCAAUUAUGGCCUAAGGCAAGUGCUUUGGCAGAAAGAUUGUGGUCGAAUCCAAAGGAAUCCUGGCGUAAGGCAGAAGAUCGGUUAUUGAUGCAUCGUGAGUUUUUAGCACAAAAUGGUUUGACUCCGGAAGCUCUUCAGCCCGAAUGGUGUGUGCAGAAUCAAAAUAAUUGUCCAUGAGUAAAAUCAGUUAGUUAAUAAUACAAAACUUUUAGUUUUUAUACCUUUUUUAAGAAAUAUACAAAUUCAAAACAAUGAAAUGUAAAA